AUGCAAACCGCGAGCGACUGGUUCAAGGCCAUAAAGGAUCGGAGUCAUAACGCCGUAUCUAAAAACAUGAAAACGUUUCAGGGAACUAAAAAUGCACAGGGGGAGACCGCGCUUAUGCUGGCAGUGCGAUCCCGGGAUAUCCAAAUGGUAAAACUCCUUGCCCCUCUCGAGUCAGGCAUAUUCAACAACGAUGGAGAGACUGCCCUAAUGAUUGCCUCGAAAAUAGACUUUGCAGACGGAGCCAAGCACCUGCACGCCUUAGAGGGACAUCUCCACAACAAGGAUGGCCAGACGGCCUUGAUGAUCGCCGCUAUGAAUGACUGCUCCUCCGUGAUUCGGAGACUGAUGCCCGAAACGCGCUACGACGUGGAUUCCCUCGGGCGCACCGCACUGGCUCUUGCAGCCGAAGCAAAUGCUGUCGAGGCUAUGCGCGCGCUCACCACCCACACAAACAUGAUUUACGACAUGGACAGUCAAUCUGCACUUAUAUACGCUACUAUACGGGAUAAUCCCGAGGCUCUGUCUUACUUGUCGGAGUUCAUAAAGGAGAGCGGGGAGUCGCUGCGCUUGUCGACAACCAAGGCCCCAACCUAUUCUAGUAAGAUACCGUCGGCCGUAAGUCAGCAGGGUCCGCAGUCCCCAGGAAUCUCGCCAGAUACUCUCAAACAGGUCCUAGACCAGGAGAUAGACAACAAGCUUGCCAUCCUCGAGCGCCGGAUCAUGGAGGCAAGAGAUUGUGCGCCAGGUAACAUUGCCCAAAAGAAGGCCCUGGAAGACCAAAUCGAUACUCUUAAUAAUGAUAUAGUCUUGAUGAACCAGCACAGAGACAAGCUUGAGGCACAAAUGGCGAAGGGCUCUUCUGCAAAUAGACGUAAGAGCUCUGUGUCACAGAUGAAAAGCGCCCCACAGCGUUCCGGAUCAACUGUGUCCUCGGCACGAGCUGGAAGCACGAAGAGGCCUCCAACAGGAUUUGCCGGUCAUGAGCAAGAAGCCUUUUCGCCUCGAGGCGUAGGUAAAGGGUCCACAUCCCGAUCUGGGCGUAGGCAAGAAGAACCCAGUCCGUGGAAGCCUCUCGGCGGUCGUGGUGGCAAGACCUUUGACGAAAUCGCAGCAGAAACGCAAAAGCAGCAUUAUCCAACAAACAAUGGAUCCAACAUUCGAUAUCCAACGCCGAAGUCAGGCCGCGCUGGAAGCACAAGCGGCAACGCCCUCAGAAGCAGUGUCUCGGGCGCGACUCCGCGGAUGGCUGGCACACCGGGCGCCAAUCUUCGCGGAAGCAUGAUGGAUAGCCAGUCCGGUCUUCACAGAAGCCGGAUUCCACAACCGGACUUUUCUCCUACCGGUGGUUAUAAGUCAAGUAAUCGUGAGUCUGACUCUGGCGCCCACUUGCUGAUGUCUGCUAGCACAAGAAGUAAGCUAGCAGAAAUCUAUCAAAGGAAGUUGACAGAUAAGAUUCAAGCAAUCCACCAAACUCUCAUAGAGAAUCGACCAGGGCUUUUGAGGCUCAACAAGAAGACUGAUAACCUUGUGCGUGCUAUGCGCGAGCUUCAAACUAUAAUCAACGAUGAUGAAGAACUGAGAAAGCUAAACGUCAACUGGGAGCGUGCUAUUGAUGCGCGAAUAGAACGCCUGACCGAUGAGCUCCGGGUCCUGUCGUCCAGCACCACCUCUGUGAUAUCUCAGAAUUCGUACUUCAGUGAGGUCGGGGAUAUUGGGCAGAGUGUUGAGGAGCUUAUAGAGUACAUAAGUAGAACAGACGAUGGAGAUGAUGGUCACCUCAUAGAUGGUGAGGAUGAGGAAAGGUUUAAGCGGAUAGUGUCCACGCCUGUUGCCUCGUCUCAUAUUGACAGAAAUGUUUCACCAGAGCCUUCUCCGUCUAUCAUGGAGGAGCCUCCAUACUCUAUUGCGCUUCAGAAUGCUAUGGCUAAGAACAAAAGACUGUCUAUGGCUGUUCAGUCUAAUCCUUCCUUGGGGAGGCUGCUAUCUGACAACGAGAAUCUGCUAGAGGCGCUUCUGUCGUCAGACAAGCUUUUUGAUGCGCUGGUAGGCAAUCCAGAGUUAGUGUCUGCCCUGACAAUGAAUCCUGAGCUGCUCCGCAAGACCUGCUUGUAUCCGGACGUAGUGGCAGUUCUAUCUCAAGACGACUCGGUGCUGAAAGAGAUUGUCGCAGAUCCCAUGCUUGUCGACCAAGUAGCCGCUGAUCCAUCUGUAGUUGAGGUGAUAUGCAAGGACAAGAAGACAGCAGAAAAGCUCAUGAACGCCCUUCCCCGGCUUCCCACUGCGACUGAGCAAGAGGUACAGGAUGGCACCCUUCUUUAUGAGGUGAUUGUAGAAAACCUGAAUCCCUCUGCGCCCUGCAGCCCUACUCUUGAUGAAGAGCUCUGCAAGGCAGCGACAAGAGUGCAGGAUUCCAGUACGUGUGAGGACUCUACUGACUCAACUGCCACGUCUCUCCGAUCGAGAUAUUCAUAUGCAAAUGGGCCAUUCUUUGCAGAAGGCGAAAGAAUCAAGGCAUCUGGGGGUUACUUACAUCACGUGUACGUUAGCAAGGGGGACCCAACUAUCCAAGGUGAGAGCAUGUGUGAGCUUGCUGCGCAACUUAUUGAUAAGGCUGACGAAGCCCUAGAGACCGCUGAUGCAGUCAGCAUGACAAUGACUCCGUUGAUGAAGGCCGCCAAGAACAAUGACGUCAAGCUGGUCAAAGAUUUACUGAAGGAGUAUGCAAAGCAACAGACCGCUAACGGUGACACCGCACUCAUGUAUGCAGCACGAAAUGGCAACGUGAAGAUUACCAAAGAACUUCUCUUAAUGGAGAAUAAGAUGACGAUGAAAAACGGCGAGACCGCCCUUAUAUCCGCUGUUAGAUAUGGCCAAGGCAAGGCCUUAAAGUUACUGCUUCCACAUGAGGCCAAAAUGCAGAGCAAAGAUGGUCACACGGCGUUGAUGCACGCUGUUCUGAACAAUAGGCCAGCACUGGUGAAACUGUUAGCUAAAGCCGAAUGCGCUAUUCAAACACCUGAUACUCAGGCGUCGGCCUUGAUGUAUGCAGCGGAAAGCGGCCAGAUACCUUUGGCGAAGCCCCUUGUGAAACUAGAGGCCGGCCUGAAAAACAUCGACAAUAAAACCGCAAUGAUGAUGGCCGCAGAGCAGGGUAACUUGCCUCUGGUGAAAGCCCUCAUGAAGGUCGAGGGUGGCAUGCAGGACAACGAUGGAUAUACCGCCAUGAUGUACGCCGCAAUGAAUGGGCACAAAUCUAUUUGCGCGCUUCUUAAUAAGAUUGAAGGAAACAUUACUGAUACAAACGGAAGAACGGCGCAGGACUGGGCGUCCACUGCAGGGCAUGAAGAGUGUGCAGUGACUAUGACGCCUAAAACUACAUAUUCCAGGAUUAAUAACAACUCCAAGAGUGGGACCUUUUCUUUCUCAUUCUCUAAGAGCAUGAAGUCCCCCCGAAGCUUCUCGAAAACAUGA